CCACAUCACUAUUUAAUCAAUGGCGUCACCGUCAAUGACCCAGCCCGCUACGUGAUUAUUGUAAUUUCCAACUGUAUUUACAACGUGUUGAAGUUAAUUUUAUAGUUUGAUAUUGUUAUAACUUCGCAAGGCAACUUCAUUAGUGUUGCUAUGGUGAGCGAACUCUUCCAAUAUUCAAGACAAAGCUAGAAGUGACUAUUAACUAAAAUAUUUGUUGUGAAGUUACCAAGUAUUAGAAUAAAAUGCAGACUAUCAAGUGCGUAGUUGUGGGCGACGGUGCUGUCGGAAAGACAUGUCUGCUCAUCAGUUACACGACAAACAAAUUCCCCUCCGAGUAUGUUCCCACAGUUUUCGAUAACUACGCAGUUACAGUCAUGAUUGGUGGAGAACCAUACACACUGGGUCUCUUUGAUACUGCAGGUCAGGAAGAUUAUGAUAGACUGAGACCAUUGAGUUAUCCCCAAACGGAUGUUUUCCUUGUAUGUUUCAGCGUGGUAAGCCCUAGUUCCUUCGAAAAUGUCAAGGAAAAGUGGGUACCGGAAAUCACUCAUCAUCAGCAGAAAACGCCAUUUUUGUUGGUGGGAACACAAAUAGACCUGAGGGAUGACCCAGCAACAAUGGAGAAGCUGGCCAAGAUAAAGCAAAAGCCCGUCUCACUAGAGCAGGGUGAAAAACUUGCGAAGGAGCUAAAAGCGGUCAAAUAUGUUGAGUGUUCUGCUCUCACGCAGAAAGGGUUGAAGAAUGUGUUCGACGAAGCAAUAUUGGCGGCGCUGGAGCCCCCAGAACCCGUCAAGAAAAGGAAAUGCGUACUGUUGUAAUGCGCUGGCGCACCGCAACGCGCGUCCCACGCGGCGCGACACCAAUAACAAACUUAUACUAACAUACACUGUAAUAUUCAACUUAUUUUUAUCAAUUUACAAUUACUGAACACAAGCCAUAAAUAAAAAUAAUGAAUAUUACAGUCGCUAAACAUGCGUCUUAAAGCUGGACAUAUUCUAUUCAGGCCUGACAGUUUUCCAUUUAUUAAUAAUUAAUAUUAUCUAAAGGACAUUUUUAUACUAUGUCAUUUGUCUUUGAUAUAAAUUAAUUUUUAUUUAUAAUGAAUAAGCCAUUUAUACCAAUAUUAUUAUUAUGCAUUAUAUUACAUAAAAAGGAUUGUCUUCGAAAAUUUAAUUAAUACAAAAAAAAUUGUAAUAUGCAUUUAAUAUACUAUCAUUUAAAUGCAGAUUGUAUUAUCAUCAAGCUAAUAAAUUUGAUAAUAAUUCAACAGUCACAUGUUUGCCGGACUGUAUUUAGCAACAUGAUGCACAACGUUUGCUAUGCACAGUGCAAACUUGCAUUUUAUUAUUAUUAUUUCAGUGAACUAGAAUGGAGUCUUAUGUUAAUCAUAUUUUGUAACGCCUGUCGAGCGACAGCCGUCCAUUUGUGUCAUUUAUAAUUUCAAUGUGUUCUUAUUAUUUUAAUAAUGUUUUUAGAAAAUUGACCUAACUGAUUGUAGUUUAUACGGAAGAACAGCUUCAGAACACCAAUUACUAAUGUAGAUUAGCAUAAUUAUUUUUCUAAAGUAAGCUUCAAAAUGAUUUAAUAAUAAAUGCUAGGAAUCGAUAAAGCAAUAUGGUGUCUAUACAGAGUAUAUUAUUAUAGUGAAAUAUCAACAAUAUUUAUUAUUAUGUUACUUAGCUUGAUGAAAUUGUAAUUUUAUCGUACCUUACGUGUAGUAUAUGACUGAAAUAAAUAAUUGUGCAUUCCAUGCGAAAUCUUUGCAUUUUUUAUAAAUAAGAGAUACAAGCGGUAUGCACGAUAGGUGAGCAUACGCGUACAUGUGACGAGUAAAACAAAAUUUGCUUGAAAUAAGCUGGUGCGAAUGCGUUAAAAAUUUGAUAAAAUUAAAUCAUGGAUUAUAUUUCAGGUUAGCAAUUUCAAACUGAAUGGUGAUAAUUUCGUCCAAUCAAUUCGCGCCAGAGUAAAACUAAACUAGUGCAAUAAGCUGUGGGGAUAAUAUACUCUGUAUAAUUUCACUGCAUUCGCAGCACACGUGUCGUCCAACGUUCAUGACCAACGUAUAGGUACUCACUACCAUUUGUAUCACAAACGGUACGACCAUCCAUUUUGUCGGUCGUACGUAAUAUCUACAAUUGUUCAAUAGCUAAUUGAUACAUUUAUUCUUCCCAUGACUGCGGUAAACAUACAUUCUAAAUAAAUACCUUAUGAAAUAAUAUAAUAUGGUAUGUUGUUAUAAAGAGUGUUAAGUAAAGCCUAUAUCAUAAACGCUCAGAAGAGCCGAAGGGCGCUCGGCGUUAGAGUAUUAUAUCUACAAGUUGUACCCGUUCGCGUAACGGCUAGCAUCACAUUGGAUUGGGUGCAAUAUAUAGGGAGUCCCGUUUGUAUUAAUCCUAACGGAAUAUUCUUUUUUUGUAUAAUGUAUAUAAUUAUACUUACUUUUAUACAUUCUCUUCCUUUGAAGCAGAAGUCUGCGUAAAUACAAUAAGGCACGUUUUUAUUCCUACGAUUGGAAUCCCUGUAUUCAAUUAACUUAGUUUAAAGACUUUUUCGGCGCUAAAGUAACACGAUAGUACAUUAACGAAUAUUUGUAUUCAAGUUUAUCUCGUAUUAUG